ACCUUACGAAAGGUUAGCUCGCUUGCGGUUUAACUUCACAAGUAGGCGUGCUGACAUUGAGGACACCUACAACAACCUGUGCGCUUGUUAUCGCUUCUUAAACUAAAAGGAUCCUCCUCCUCCUCUUCCUCUUCCUCAUCAUCAUGGUGUCUGGAAAGCGCCUGGCUGACCUCGGCUACCGGACGUUUUCCGCCUCGAUGAUGCUGCUGACGGUCUACGGAGGCUACCUGUGCGCGAUGCGCGGGUACCGCUUCGUGCAGAAGCAGAAAGCCCUGAAGCUGGCAGCGGAGAACCAGGACCCUGAACUCCUCAAAGAGUGACCGGGGAGGGGGGGUUCUGCACACGUGGACAUUCCCGUCGCUAAACAAUCAAGAUGUGAAUGUCUUCUCGGGACAUUUAAGUGAUUUUUGUGUGUGAGCGUGCAAGGGAAAUGUGUAUAAAAACUCCCAACAAUAACAUAUUUGCCCCAAUGGCAUGCGUAACAUCCAUACUGUGAGUCUCAGGAGUGAAGAUGGCUGUAAUUGUUUGCAUUAUAUUAAAUGCCUUUAAACACACAAAGCAAUGUAGUGUUUAUGAACAGGACUGCAACAAGAAUGGCUUCUUGUCUACGGAAUAUAUUUGGAUAUAUAUAUCUAUAUGCAUACACGACCGUUCAAAAAGUUUGGGGUCACUUAGAAAUAUCUUUAUUUUUCAAAGAAAAGCACAGUUUUUUCAAUAAAGAUAACAUUAAUAAAAAAUACACACUA